CCCCCGCCCCCUGGCCCCCCAUUCAAGAAGCGGCUCGGCUAACUCGGCCAGCACAGGGCGCCCGGCGCGCCUCGGAGCGCACGUUCCGCGCCUUCUCCUGCCCGCUGGCUGGACAUUAUGCGGCCGAGCAACCGAGCCCCAGUCCUCCGCCUCCUUCUCCUCCUCCUGCGGCCCGAGCCGCUCAGCUCACGGCAGGCGGCAGCGUUGCUCAGCCGAGCGCAGACGGGACCCUCUCUGCAAGACCUCAGCGACUCCUAAAGUCAAAAAGUUGGCGGCAGGGCGCCGGGGUUCCGCGCGCUCUCCACGGUUUCUGCCUCGCGUCGCCGCCAGCCACCAAAGCCGGCAGGAGGGAGGGGGGUGGGAGAAGCGGGGGGGAGGGGUGAGGAGCACCAUGCAGUUAGUAUCCUGGGCCACACUGCUAACGCUCCUGGUGCCGGACCUGGUUGAGAUGAGGAGCCCUGACGCCGCGGCGGCCGUGCGCAAGGACAGGCUGCACCCGAGGCAAGUGAAAUUAUUAGAGACUCUGAGCGAAUAUGAGAUCGCGUCUCCCAUCCGAGUGAACACCCUCGGGGAACCUUUUCCCACGAACGUGCACUUCAAAAGAAGGCGACGAAGCAUUAACUCUGCCUCUGACCCCUGGCCUGCCUUCGCCGCCUCCUCCUCGUCUUCCUCUACCUCUUCCCAGGCGCAUUACCGCCUCUCAGCCUUCGGCCAGAAGUUUCUAUUUAAUCUCACCGCCCAUACCGGAUUUAUCGCUCCACUGUUCACUGUCACCCUCUUUGGAGAGCCAGGGGUGAACCAGAGCAAGCUGUACUCUGAAGAGGAAAUGGAACUUAGGCACUGUUUCUACAAAGGCCAUGUCAAUACCAAGUCCGAGCACACGGCGGUCAUCAGCCUGUGCUCCGGAAUGAUGGGCACAUUCCGGUCCCACGAUGGAGAUUAUUUUAUUGAACCACUGCUGUCUGUGGAUGAGCAAGAGGAUGAAGAGGAACAGAACAAACCCCACAUUAUUUAUAGGCGCAGUACCCCUCAGAGGGAGCCCUCAGCAGGAAGGCGUGCCUGUGGCACCUCAGAAUUCAAAAACAGUCACAAUAAAGACAAGCGGAAAACCAGAAUGCAAAAACAGAGAAAGAGGAACAGCCUGGCUGACGAUGUGGCUCUGUUAAGGAGCAGCUUGGCAACAAAAGUGUUCUCUGGGUACAGCAAUAAGACAAACAGCACGAGGGACAGGAGGAACCACAAAAGAACCAAACGCUUCCUGUCCUACCCACGGUUUGUAGAAGUGAUGGUGGUAGCUGACCACAGAAUGGUUUUGUACCACGGAGCAAACCUUCAGCAUUAUAUUUUAACCCUGAUGAGUUAUGUAGCUUCUAUCUAUAAAGACUCAAGUAUUGGAAAUUUAAUUAAUAUUGUUAUUGUGAACUUAGUUGUGAUUCAUAAUGAACAGGAAGGACCUUCCAUAAAUUUCAAUGCCCAGACAACAUUAAAAAACUUUUGCCAGUGGCAGCACGCCAAGAACCACUUAGGUGGGAUACAGCACGACACUGCUGUCCUGGUCACAAGGGAGGAUAUCUGCAGAGCUCAGGACAAAUGUGACACCUUAGGUCUUGCUGAACUGGGAACCAUUUGUGACCCCUACAGAAGUUGUUCCAUUAGUGAAGACAGUGGGUUGAGUACCGCUUUCACAAUAGCCCACGAGCUGGGCCAUGUGUUCAAUAUGCCUCAUGAUGACAGCAAUAAAUGCAAAGAAGAAGGUGUGAAGAGCCCCCAGCAUGUCAUGGCGCCGACACUGAAUUUCUACACCAAUCCUUGGAUGUGGUCCAAGUGCAGUCGAAAAUACAUCACUGAGUUCUUAGACACUGGGUAUGGCGAGUGCUUGUUGAAUGAACCUGAAUCCAGAACCUACCCUUUGCCUUCCCAACUCCCAGGCCUCCUCUACAACGUGAAUAAACAAUGUGAAUUGAUUUUUGGGCCAGGUUCUCAGGUGUGCCCAUAUAUGAUGCAGUGUAGACGACUCUGGUGCAAUAAUGUGGAUGGAGCACACAAAGGCUGCAGGACUCAACACACGCCCUGGGCUGACGGAACCGAGUGUGAGCCUGGAAAGCACUGCAAGUUUGGAUUUUGUGUUCCCAAAGAGAUGGAGGCCCCUGCGACUGAUGGAUCCUGGGGAAGUUGGAGUCACUUUGGAACCUGCUCCAGAACAUGUGGAGGAGGCAUCAAAACCGCCAUCAGAGAGUGCAACCGACCAGAACCAAAAAAUGGUGGGAAGUACUGUGUAGGGAGGAGAAUGAAGUUCAAAUCCUGCAACACCGAGCCCUGCCUGAAACAGAAGCGCGAUUUCCGUGAAGAGCAAUGUGCUCACUUUGAUGGCAAGCACUUUAACAUCAAUGGUCUGCUGCCCAGCGUGCGCUGGGUCCCCAAGUACAGUGGAAUUUUGAUGAAGGACCGAUGUAAGUUGUUCUGCAGAGUGGCGGGGAACACAGCCUACUACCAGCUCCGAGACAGAGUCAUCGAUGGAACACCUUGUGGCCAGGACACAAAUGAUAUCUGUGUCCAAGGCCUUUGCCGGCAAGCUGGAUGUGAUCAUAUUUUAAACUCAAAAGCCCGGAGAGAUAAAUGUGGGAUUUGUGGUGGUGAUAAUUCUUCAUGCAAAACAGUGGCAGGAACAUUUAACACAGUCCAUUAUGGUUACAAUACUGUUGUCCGAAUUCCAGCUGGAGCUACCAGCCUUGAUGUGCGGCAGCACAGCUUCUCAGGGAAGUCCGAGGAUGACAACUACUUAGCUUUAUCAAACAGUAAAGGUGAGUUCCUGCUAAACGGAGACUUUGUUGUCUCAAUGUCCAAAAGGGAGGUCCGUGUGGGGAAUGCUAUGAUCGAGUACAGCGGAUCUGAUCAUGCUGUGGAAAGACUUAAUGCCACAGACCGGAUCGAGGAAGAGCUUCUCCUUCAGGUGUUGUCAGUGGGGAAGUUGUACAACCCCGAUGUGCGGUACUCCUUCAAUAUUCCAAUUGAGGACAAACCUCAACAAUUCUACUGGAACAGUCAUGGGCCGUGGCAAGCCUGUAGCAAGCCCUGCCAAGGGGAGCGGAGACGAAAACUUGUUUGCACCAGGGAGUCUGAUCAGCUCACUGUUUCUGAUCAAAGAUGUGACCGGCUGCCCCAGCCAGGACCUGUCACUGAAGCGUGCGGCACAGACUGCGACUUGAGGUGGCAUGUUGCCAGCAAAAGUGAAUGCAGUGCCCAGUGUGGUUUGGGUUACCGCACUUUAGACAUCCACUGUGCCAAAUACAGCAGGCUGGAUGGGAAGUCUGAGAAGGUUGAUGACAGUUUUUGUAGUAGUCAACCCAAACCAAGCAACCAGGAAAAAUGCUCAGGAGAAUGUAACACAGGUGGAUGGCGCUAUUCAGCUUGGACAGAAUGUUCUAAAAGCUGUGAUGGUGGUACCCAGAGAAGAAGAGCUAUUUGUGUCAACACCCGCAACGAUGUCCUGGAUGACAGCAAGUGCACGCAUCAGGAGAAAGUUGUCGUACAGAGAUGCAAUGAGUUCUCUUGUCCUCAUUGGAAAUCAGGGGACUGGUCAGAGUGCUUGGUCACCUGUGGAAAAGGACAGAAGCACCGCCAGGUCUGGUGUCAGUUUGGCGAAGAUCGAUUAAGUGAUAGAAUGUGUGACCCUGAGGUCAAGCCAGAGUCCAUGCAGACUUGUCAGCAGCCAGAGUGUGCAGCCUGGCAGGCAGGUCCCUGGGGACAGUGCAGUGUCACUUGUGGACAGGGAUACCAACUAAGGGCAGUGAAGUGCGUCAUUGGGACUUACAUGUCAGUGGUAGAUGACAAUGUCUGUAACGCAGCUACUAGGCCGACCGAUACCCAGGACUGUGAACUAUCAUCUUGCCAUCCUCCCCUGUUGGGCCCGGAACCAAGGAGAAACGCACACAGUGUGCCCAGAACCCAGUGGCGAUUUGGGUCUUGGACUCCAUGCUCAGCCACUUGUGGAAAGGGGACCCGGAUGAGAUAUGUCAGCUGUCGAGACGAGGACGGUUCUGUGGCUGAUGAGAGUGCCUGUGCUACCUUGCCUAAACCAGUAGCCAAGGAAGAAUGUUCUGUGGCACCCUGUGGACAGUGGAAGGCUCUAGACUGGAGCUCCUGUUCCGUGACUUGUGGGCAAGGUAAGGCAACCCGACAAGUGGUGUGUGUCAACUACAGCGACCACGUGAUUGAUCGGAGUGAGUGUGACCCAGAUUAUAUCCCAGAGACUGACCAGGACUGUUCCAUGUCACCAUGCCCUCAAUGGAACCCAAGCACUGGCUUUGCUUACCCAUUUCAAAACGAGGACUUCCGUCCCCGGAGUGACAGCCCUAGCCGCACCCAUGUGCUUGGAGGAAACCAGUGGAGAACCGGCCCCUGGGGAGCAUGUUCUAGUACCUGUGCCGGAGGGUCCCAGAGGCGAGUUGUGGUGUGUCAGGAUGAAAAUGGAUACACGGCCAGUGAUUGUGUAGAGAGAAUCAAACCUGAUGAGCAAAGAGCCUGUGAAUCUGGCCCGUGUCCCCAAUGGGCUUACGGCAGCUGGGGAGAGUGUACCAAGCUGUGUGGCGGAGGCAUGCGGACGAGACUGGUGGUCUGUCAGCGGGCCAACGGGGACCGGUUCCCAGAUUUGAGCUGUGAAGUUCUUGACAAGCCUCCGGACCGCGAGCAGUGCAACACACAAGCUUGCCCACAAGACGCGGCAUGGAGUACUGGCCCUUGGAGCUCGUGUUCUGUCUCUUGUGGUCGAGGGCAUAAACAACGAAAUGUUUACUGCUUGGCCAAAGAUGGAAGCCAUUUAGAGAGUGAUUACUGUAAGCACCUUACUAAGCCGCAUGGGCACAGAAGGUGCCGAGGAGGACGCUGCCCCAGAUGGAAGGCUGGCGCAUGGAGUCAGUGCUCUGUGUCCUGUGGCCAAGGCGUGCAGCAGAGGCAUGUGGGCUGUCAGAUCGGGACACACAAAACAGCCAGAGAGAGUGAGUGCAGCCCAUACACCAGACCAGAGUCGGAGCGUGUCUGCCAAGCCUCACCAUGUCCUCUCUACACUUGGAGGGCAGAGCAAUGGCAAGAAUGCACCAAGACAUGUGGUGAAGGCUCCCGGUACCGACAGGUGGUGUGUAUAGCCGAGGACCAAAGCGAGGUGCACAGCGCACAUUGUGACUCGGACCAGCGGCCUCCAGACCGUGAGAGCUGCAGCCUGCAGCCCUGCGAGUAUGUGUGGAUCACAGGAGAAUGGUCCGAGUGCUCAGUGACCUGUGGAAAGGGCUACAGGCAAAGGCUGGUCUCCUGCAGUGAGAUUUAUACCGGCAAGGAGAACUACGAAUACAGCUACCAAACCACGGUGAACUGCCCGGGCACGCAGCCGCCAAGCGUCCAUCCCUGCUACCUGAGGGACUGUCCUGUCUCAGCCACCUGGAGAGUUGGUAACUGGGGCAGUUGCUCAGUGUCCUGUGGCGUGGGAGUCAUGCAUAGAUCUGUGCAGUGUUUGACCAACGAAGACCAACCCAGCCACCUGUGUCCCACUGAUCUCAAGCCGGAAGAACACAAAACCUGCCACAACGUUUAUAAUUGUGAGCUACCCCAGAACUGCAAGGAGGUAAAAAGACUCAACAGCGCCAGUGUAGACGGAGAGUACUUCCUGAUUGUUAGAGGGAAGCCCCUAAAGGUAUUCUGUGCAGGGAUGCAUUCUGACUAUCCCAAGGAGUACGUGACGCUGGCCCAUGGUGACUCCGAGAAUUUCUCCGAAGUUUACGGGCACAGGCUGCACAACCCAACAGAAUGUCCCUACAACGGGAGCCGACGAGACGACUGUCAUUGCCGGAAGGAUUACACAGCUGCUGGCUUUUCCAGUUUCCAGAAAAUUCGAAUCGACCUGACCAGCAUGCAGAUCAUAACCACUGACUUAGAGUUUGCAAGAACAAGUGAAGGACACCCCGUCCCUUUCGCCACCGCUGGGGACUGCUACAGUGCCGCCAAGUGUCCACAGGGGCGUUUUAGUAUCAACCUUUAUGGGACCGGCCUGUCUUUAACGGAGUCUGCCAGAUGGACAUCACAAGGGAAUUAUGCCGUUUCGGACAUCAAGAAGUCUCCGGAUGGUACCCGGGUUGUUGGGAAAUGUGGCGGUUACUGUGGGAAGUGCACUCCAUCCUCGGGCACGGGCUGGAGGUGCGAGUUUCAUAACUAAGGGGCUCUGAAGAGGAAGCCAUUAUGGAAUGGAUGAAGGAUAGUAAUUCAAUACCUCCACCUUAACUUUGGGUGCAUUUGUGUGUGUGUGUUUGUGUGUGUGUGUGUGUGUGUGUGUGUGUGUGUGUGUGUGUGUGUGUGUGUAUG